AUGAAUAGGAUCUCGCAACUUUCCACGUAUCCAAAUCCUCAGACCUACACCAUCCUGGGGCUGUUUCGGGAGCGUGUGAUGGAGGAUGGUUAUGGAGGGCUUGCAAGAGCUCUGGACUUCACCCUUUCGAAUCAGUUAAAACGGUGUCAUCAAAGCCGGAUUUUGGCUCAAAAUCAAGAGACAACUCCACGUCCUCCCAAUUCUAUCACCACCUCCGCUGUCAGUCCAACCAUCUAUUUGCGGACAGACGGGGAGGCCUACGGUUCCCCUUCCGCUAACACUGCUAUAUCACCGGGUGUCGGCGUUCGGCGUUCUCAUUCCAUCGGCGCAGUGGCUGGUACAACCGUGUCCCCUCCCAACUCUUUGAUAAAGAAUUGCGGUUUUAAGAGCACUGCCACUGCCAUCACGACCACCACUACUUCUAACACCUCCUCAGGGUCAGCGCGCAACUCAUUCUCCAUCGGCCAGGGUGGAGAAAACUCCCUCCAGUCUUCACCCACUGCUUCUACCCCUGCCCUCUCUGACAUCGAUUUUGAGGCGACAUCGAUGACAGGGUCAACAGUAGCAGGUGGUCGGUCCUCUACAGCUUCGUGUUUCAGUUCUCCCGCCUCAUCCCGCCGCCUCCUCGGUCCCUCAGUGCCCAUCACUCUAGCAACACUCCGGCGGCGCUCGCGUAACUUCGCCUCAGGUGGGGCGAGACGCGCAAGUCUGUUGGACAUUCCAGCAAAACAUUUAGCAGAGCAGAUAACCUACUUGGAGGCUGAGAAGUAUUCCCGACUUACGACACCUCGAGCUAAUAUCGUCAAAAGACGAAGAGCUUCAAUGGAGAAAAUGGAGUCGUCCACUGUCCCUAACGAUUGUACCAUAACCGACUGGACAACUUUGUCAAGUAAGAAGGAGUCGCUAAUUUCCAAACUCACCAUGCACUUGGAGGAGCUGUUGGACAUCAAGUCUUUGGCCGCGCUUAAGGCUCCAGUUAUGGCGGCGUGCGCGGCUCAAUUUACGGCACUCUCAAAUUGGGCGGCUACCCUCCUUCUUGCACCUCCUGCAUCCCAGCGAGAACGUCAUGCCGUCAAAUUACUCAAGGUCAUGAAUUAUCUACAUUCACUGAAGAACUUCAACAGCUUUCUCGCCAUACUCUGCGCAUUUCUUCUUAUUCCAGAGAAUAUCUUCUCCAAGAAGACUCGAGCACGCCUCACUCGUCUAAGACCCUACAUGCAACCUCCUCACUUUUCAACAUAUCGACGUGAGUUAGCUGAAGCUUCACCGCCUCUCAUUCCCUACCUCGGACUAACACUUCAAAAUCUCAUCGCUCUGGAGCAGAUCAACCCUCUGUUCCUUUCCGAGGUUCCCAAAGGUAUGCUCGCUACAUAUAAGCCGGAGCAUGGGCCAAUUGUCAACUUUUGGCGCAGCUGGAAACACUUCCUAAUAAUAAACUUUUUCGUCAAGCAGGACAAUGCCGACGGAAGAGCCCCACAAUACGACAUCAAACCGGACCUGGACAUACUCGACUUCAUAGCUGAUUUCAAGAGAGCCUAUCCCGACUUUGCACUGCGCGAACUCAUCAAUCGCAGAAAACGCGAGGCCUCCUAG